AUGGAGAGUAAGAAACAGAGGAAAGUGUUCCGGUGGAAAGUAGAGCGUUUGGGAGACGAGAUGACACGGGAUGAAUUCCAGAAGGGACUGGCUGGUAGUGGAAACCCCUUCAGGAAACUGCCGAGAAGCGUCGAAGACGAACAGGUAGUCGUACAAGCAGCAGGGGACAGGGUGAUUGAAGGGUGGGAGUCCAUCGUGAACGCAACGGCAGAGAGAGUAGUGGGAAAGAAGGUGGUACGAUGUGGGGUAUCGGUUAAGUGGUGGGAUGACGAGCUGAAAGAAGAAAUAGGGGAACGUAGAGAAGUCUCCAAGCAGUACCUGAGUAAGGCGUCUGAGGAGGGUUGGGAAAAGUACAGGGCCAAGAGAAAACAGGGGAACGUCAAGCAGAUGUGGGAAGGGAUUAGUGGAAUGGUAAAAAAGACCGCGCAAGGGGGGGAUACAGGGGUAGCAACUUUGCGAGGUGUGAACGGUGGAUUAGUCAGCAGUGGGAAGGGAAAAAGGGAAGUUCUAGCAGGACACUACAAGAGACUUGGAGUGCCCUCGGAGAAUGAAGCUUUUGACCAAGCGUUUAAGAAGCAGGAGGUGGAGGCAUGGGCCCAGAAAGAAGAGACAUCGAAGGCAGACGUUGGGAACGUAGAACUAGAAAAGGAGUUCACUGAGGACGAGGUAGUGAAAGAACUCAAGGCGGCGCAGAUGAAAGCAGCGAAAAUCAUCCUAGGAUGCUCCAAGCGCACAAGCAAUGUAGCCGUCAGGGCAGAAUUGGGGAUCCAAUCCCCACGGUCGGGAAGAGACGCGAGUAAGCUGACAUUACAGUAUCGCAUGUGCGGGAUGGGAGAGGAGAGGUUGCCGAGAAUUGUAUGGGAGGCGAAGUGGGCAAACAAAAAGAGGGGUGGACAACCCACGGAAUGGGUCAAGGUUGUAGAGGACGUAUGGAAGGGGCUCGACAUCGACGAAGAUGAAACGCUGGAAACGGAGGGUCUACAGGGCUUCAAGGAGAAGUUAUCUGUUGCUUGUGCCGAGAGAGAAGAACAGAAUCUAAGGAAGGAAUCCAAGGCUAAGGAGGAUCUAGAAGUGUACGGAAUGAUGAAGGAAGGAAUAGGGUACAAGGACUACCUACAUGGACCAAUGAAUGCAGGAACAAAGCUUAAGGUCAAAGCCAGGGCCGGGGACAUAGGCCUUCGAGAACGUCGACGAAGACAUAGGACGGUAGACGACGAAGACGACGAGUUCAAAUGUGAUUGCGGCUUCGAAUGCGAAGACCGUGUUCAUGUAGUCGCGGAAUGUCCGUGGUACUACAAGGAGAGGGAAGUGUACGUGACUGAGCUGGGAAAAAUAGAUAGGACGUACAGGGAGUUGUUUGAGGCAUGGAAUAGAGAGGAAAGGAUGGCAGCUGUACUGGGGCAUAGGAGGUGGGUUGAAAAGGCGGGAAGGGAUAUCGUUAGGAUAGNGGCAAAGUAG